CCUGCAGUAGACAGCUGUCAGAUGUGUUUCUGCUUGGAGUAAUAACCCCAAAGCUCAAACAUCUAAUAAUGGUUCAAGUGGCUGUUAUUCAAACUUUCAUACCAUGUUUUUGUUCCAUCAGCUGGUCAUUUCCACCAAUUCUAAAAAAAAAAAAAUGUCUCAUAGGGAUCGAGGACUAAACACCUUCCAGUUCCGUCCUCACUGUGGUGAGGCAGGCUCCAUCACCCACCUGGUCUCUGCCUUCCUGACGGCCGACAACAUCUCUCAUGGACUCAACCUCAAGAUGAGUCCAGUGCUGCAGUACCUGUACUACCUGGGCCAGGUCCCGAUCGCCAUGUCCCCACUGAGCAACAACAGCCUGUUUCUGCAGUACUCAAAGAACCCGCUGAGAGACUUUCUACAGAAGGGCCUGUGUGUGUCGUUGUCCACUGAUGAUCCUAUGCAGUUCCACUACACCAAGGUCAGAAGCUAGGAAAGAAAAAUACCAGUAAUCUUACUGAC